AUGUCAUCUUCACAGUUUUACAAUAAAGGAGUUGAUGAAUCCGUAGUAUCUAGACAAGAGAUUGAAGAGUUUACUAAAAGAAAUGAAUUUUUCCUUAAACCAAGCAGCAGGAAAUAUGCCAAACAAUAUUUUUCCAUGUACCAAUACCGUUUAAAGAACUUAAGAGAUCGAGUUCAUAAGACUGCCAUGGAAAAAUGGGGUCACGGAACCAAGAAAAUAAAUGGGAAUACCAUUGAAAAGCAAGAUAAAAUAUUAGAUAUUGCUAGUGGGAAAUUAUGUUGGGUAAUCGGAACCGUGUUUUGCGAUGCCAAAUACAAACUUGAUAUCUUGAAUGAUGUUGAAAAAGGUACAGAUGACGUUUUACCAUUGGAGCCUGUAACUUAUGUGAACGAGGAUGAACAACCAAUUGUAAUGCUUGAAGACGAGUCAGGAAGAGCUAUUUUGAAUAACGAUAACUUUUUGGCAAAGAAUUUAUUGGUCACUGGCUGUAUAGUGGCCGUAUUGGGUAUUGAAAUACAAGCAGGGAUAUUUGAAAUAAUGGAUAUUGCAUAUCCAGAUUGUGCACCACAGAAACCUUUACCACUUGGAGAAAACAAAAGAGGGAAAAUAGCCUUAGUGUCGGGAUUAAAUAUCGGGGACGAAGGUCAUUACGAUUUGAAAUUGGAACUUUUGAAGCAGUACCUUUUAGGAGAACUCGGAAAUGCCGAAGAUAAAUUGGAUGGCAGCCUAAUCUCCCAGUUGAUAAUUGCUGGCGACUCUAUUAUGCCUAUACAGAAUUUAAGAGCAGAGAUGGAUUUGAAAAACUUUGUCACUACAAAUAAUUAUGGAUCAAAGAAUAUUUCCAAGUAUAAUGUUGAGAGUUUUAAGAAACUUGACGAAUUCUUAACCGACAUUCUUGUGAGUUUACCAGUCGCUGUAAUGCCAGGAAAGAAUGAUCCAGCAGAAAUAUGUUUGCCUCAGCAGCCAUUACACAGGUCGCUUUUCAAAAACAACUCGUCACUUCUCGAUGGGAAUCGAUUGACGAGAUUGACAAAUCCUCAAUGGAUUGAUGCACAAACUGUCAAGAUACUAGGAACAAGUGGCCAAAAUGUGGAUGAUAUCCAGAAAUACAUUGUACCUAAAAAAGAUCACCAAUUUACCUCAAUUGAAAUUAUGGAAAACAAUAUCAAGUGGCAAAACUUUGUCCCUACAGCACCAGAUACUUUAUAUUGCUACCCGUAUGAAAAUUAUGAUCCAUUCAUUUUCUCUGAUGAUUUACCACACGUGUAUUUUGUUGGUAACCAGCAACAAUUUGACAGCAAACUCUUUGAACACGAUGGUGUUAAUGUUAGACUAAUAUCCAUCCCAAAGUUUAAAGAAUCUGGUCAAUUUGUUUUACUUGAUUUGGAUACCUUGGAGACUGAAGUAGUCACCAUAGAGAUUUAG